GUCGCUGGACACAACCACUAACCUAUAUUUUGUGGUUGUUUCGUGAAGUUUCUCUCUUCUUCUUCUUCAAGUCAUCAAAUCUGAUCUCAUCUCCGUAAAUUAAUGGCUAGUAACUGCGAGCUUUGCUGCGAGAUCUUCAUCGCAAUUCUUCUUCCUCCUGUUGGAGUUUGUCUCAGGCAUGGCUGUUGCACUGUUGAGUUCUUCAUUUGUUUGAUACUCACUUGCUUAGGCUACUUACCAGGAAUAAUAUACGCGAUUUACGCGAUUUGUUUCUUGCACCAUGAUGAGUAUUUCGAUGAAUACAGACGCCCAAUCUACUAUGUUGCUUGACCUUGUGAAUUAUUCAUUGCUCUUGAGAACAUAUUGUACUUUAAAGUGUGAUUACUGAGGUAAUAAUAUUAUUUCUUUUGAAGGAACAGAAAAAUAAAAGUUAUAUUCUGGU